AGCAAGAGAUCUCAAGCAUAGCUCACACAACUUACACCUCACACUCAAAUGGCAACGUUAGAAGAUAAAUCACUAUGGGAGAAUCAGCAAGACGAUGACUUGGAGGCUGAGAUUUACCGGCUUUCGAACGAAGAAAUCACAAACAGAGCUAGACUCUUGGAAAAUGAUAUCAAGGUCAUGCGAUCAGAACAUACACGUUUGAAACAUGAACAAGACUCAAUGAAAGAAAAGAUUAAGGAGAACAAAGAAAAGAUUAAGAUGAACAAACAGCUUCCAUAUCUUGUUGGAAAUGUUGUAGAGUUACUUGAUGUGGACCCGGAAGACGAGCAAGAGGAAGACGGUGCAAAUGUUGAUUUAGACUCGACUAGAAAAGGAAAAUGUGCUGUCAUCAAGACUUCCACUCGUCAGACGAUAUUUUUGCCUUUGAUUGGUCUUGUUGAUCCUGCAACUUUGAAACCUGGUGAUUUGAUUGGUGUCAACAAGGACAGUUAUCUUGUUCUCGACACAUUGCCAGCCGAGUAUGAUUCUCGAGUUAAAGCUAUGGAAGUUGAUGAAAAGCCAACAGAAGACUAUACCGAUGUCGGUGGUCUUGACAAACAAAUUCAGGAAUUGGUCGAAGCUGUUGUUCUUCCUAUGACACACGCAGAUCGAUUCAAGAAUCUCGGUAUCAAACCACCAAAGGGUGUUCUCAUGUACGGUCCACCUGGUACUGGCAAGACGCUAUUGGCAAGAGCAUGUGCUGCUCAAACCAACUCUGCAUAUUUGAAAUUAGCUGGCCCACAACUCGUACAGAUGUUCAUCGGUGAUGGUGCCAAACUGGUCAGAGACGCAUUCAAUUUGGCAAAGGAGAAGUCACCGGCAAUCAUUUUUAUUGAUGAAUUGGAUGCCAUUGGUACAAAGCGGUUCGACUCUGAAAAAUCUGGUGAUCGUGAGGUACAGCGAACGAUGUUGGAACUUUUGAAUCAACUGGAUGGUUUCUCUUCGGACGAUCGUAUCAAGGUUAUUGCAGCUACCAACCGUAUAGAUAUUCUCGAUCCUGCUUUGCUGCGUUCAGGUCGACUUGACCGAAAGAUCGAAUUUCCGCUCCCUGAUGAAGAAGCUAGAGCACGUAUUAUACAGAUCCAUUCCCGCAAAAUGAACGUUAGCGGUGAUGUCAACUACGAAGAACUUGCCCGAUGCUGUGACGAGUUUAACGGAGCCCAAUGCAAAGCCAUCUGUGUUGAAAGCGGUAUGUUGGCUCUUCGCCGAGGAGCUGUGGAGGUUACCCAUGAAGAUUUUAUGGACGGUAUUCAGGAAGUUCAAGCUAAGAAGAAGAUGUCUUUGCAAUACUAUGCUUAGAACCAUGCAAAUAAAUCAAAAACCACGUCUUUUAAUCUACUUUCAUUUUGACUUUGGUGACAUUUUAUCCUCCCACCUUCCUAAACCUUUAUCCCGACCCCAUCAAAUAUAAAUUUCAGAUUAUCUCGCGCUGACACAUUCUCCGCACAACAAUAAGCUAUUUGACAUCAUGCUGCAAUCUAUCAUAGCUAAAAGUAAACCAUUACACGCCAUUCGUCGUGGAAUAGCAACUACUCAAUCUCCUAAUAUAAAACCGUUGACUGGCAUUCGUGUGUUGGAGUUGGGACAGUUGAUUGCAGGACCUUUCUGUGGUACUAUCUUGGGGUAAGCAUAUUCAAAAUCAAACCACGUCGAACGUCAAUU